GAAAGAAAAAGAAAAGGCCAGGGGAAGAGUUAUUGAUUGGAAACCCUAACUUUGUCUCCCUAUUCUCUCUACCCAACAUACAUCCUUCAAUCCUGGUAGUUCAAUUUCAAUUUUAAUUUUAUUUUCCUAUGUUAAAACAAAACCCUAGGUUUCCCCUUGAGUUCCUCAGCUUAGCACAGAGCCUUAGAAAUUAUCUGAUUUCUAUCUUAAUUAGGUACUUUUGUUGAUUCAAUAUUUGGAAUGAUUUGAAUUCGGGAGAUGCUACAUUUUGUGUAAAUAUCUGUUCCGUCCAAUCGCCAAAGAUCUUUUUCCGUUUAGGCAAAUUCCGGGAGAGAAGAUUUUGGGGGUACUUAAUAUUGUAAUAUUUUGUUACCGUUUGGCUUUUCUGGUAGAUUUACCUGAAUCAAAGAAUGGAAUAGCCUUGCAUAAGCUUUACCUUCAUUUAUGUUAGCCGGGGGAGUUUUGAAUUAGCUUUCUGUCGGGGGUUGAUUAACUAUGGUGAUGCAAUGAUUAGAGAGCAUUGGGAACUUUGAUGGUGAUACGACAUAUGAGAAUCUAUUAGCAGUUAGCAUUUUUCAGAAUUUUGAGUUCUUGAUUAAUGAAUUUCGUUGGGAGCAGCUAGAUUGAAAGUAUUUGGUCGAUAUUCAUCUUUAAGAUUUUUGCAGAAAUGAGCUUAGAAAAUGAUCGACUUUCAUUAGAUCAGCCUGUGGAGUUUAGUAAGGAAUCUCAAAAGACAUCGAGAAUUUCGUAUACCAGAGAAUUUUUGUUAUCAUUCAGUGAACUGGAUGCUUGCAAGAAGUUACCCUCAGGAUUUGAUCGAUCAAUUUUGAGUGAGUUUGAGGAUACAUCACAAGUUCGGCAAAGAAUUCCUGGAACCUUAUCUGAUUAUAGGCGUAAUGAAUAUGGUACCUCGCCGCCUACAAUAGGGGAUUCAGGUAACUAUUCUCGGGGAAUUCAUGGUCGGUGGGACACUCGCCCUGUUGGAAGGAGUGAUAGAGACAAUGAUUCCCAACCUGAUCGGGAAACGGAUGCUGGAAGACGCAUUGGUAAUCAAUCCUGGUGGCAGGGUCCUGAGCAUGAUGGGCUUCUAGGAGGUGGUUCUUUUCCUCGACCAUCUGGGUAUCGAGCUGGAGCAUCAGCUCCGAAGUUCAGAGCUAAUGAUCAGUACCAUCUAAAUAAGACUACUGAACCGUAUCAUCCACCCCGCCCUUAUAAGGCUGCACCCCAUUCAAGGAGGGAAACGAACGACUUGUUUAAUGAUGAGACUUUUGGUUCCACUGAGUGCACUAAUGAAGAUAGAGUGGAAGAGGAAAGAAAGAGGAGAACUUCCUUUGAGUCAUGGAGGAAGGAAGCGUUACAGGAGAAGAAGAUUAAUCCAGAAAGGCUUAAAGGUGACUUUGAUAUUUCCGAAUUGCUAGUGGACUCCAAAGGCGAUAAAGGACUUCCAAAUACAAGCAAGGAAUUAGAAGAACCUAUGCCAGCACCAAAUAUUGAUUUGAACAAAUCUUCUCGUCCCUCACAAGCUCCUGCAUACAGACCACUUGUACCGCCUGGGUUUGCAGGCUCAAUUUUGGAACGGAAUUUGGGAACCAAAACUUCAAAGCAUUCCCAUUCUUCGCAGGCUGGGAGUUCUGAAACUGAGGGCAGCCUUACAGAUGCGAAAGGCAUCCUUUUGUUGAAUGGGACUUCUGAUGGUGAUCUUUUGAGCAAACAUUCUAAACAACAGGCAGAGGGAACUUUGAAUGAGCAGCAGCUUGAAAGUACCGGCAUUCAACUUUUAGCUGAUAAUAAGAGAGGGAAGGCUUUGAAUUUCUUAUCAGCUUUAGAUAAAUCCAAUGAGAGAUUAAGUGUGGAUUCUCAGUUAUACAAGAUUUCUAGUAUCUCCGAAGCUUUUGAAGUACCAGUGAACACUUUAGUUACAGAAACUAAUUCCAAGAACAUGCUAGUGGAUAAACCUUUGACUAAAACCAACCAGGAUGGCCGUUCAACUUCUAUUCUAGACAAGCUUUUUGGCAGUGCUCUUACACCAAAGCCUAAUGACAGUAAACCUGAUGAUGUAUCAGCCCCUGACACUUUCAAUUCUUCUAAGUUUGCCCAUUUGUUUCUGGAGAAAGAGAAUAAAAAACCAAUAGAUGAUCUCUCAACUGGAAGGCCAAAAGAAUUGCUCUCAUUAAUUCAGGGUAGCAAAAAAGGUGUUUCCCAUGGUUCUGAUGUGGUAGCUACUGCGCAUGUAACGCCAAACUUUCCAUUCCAAAUCCUUGGACUUUCAGAUGGGCACGUUGUAUCAAAUUUGAUGUCUCCUGGGAUUGAAAACUCUGAGCAAUCAUGCAAUACUCACGAUGUUAAUAAACCAACUGCAUUUCCUGCUGCCCUCACAUGUGAGGAUCUUGAAAAGUCAAUACUGUCGGGAAGUAUUGAAAAUGAUUCAGUGUUGCCUCCUGCAAUUGAAGGCCGGAAAAUUAUUGAUGCUCAAACUGAGAAGCAAGAAGUUAAUGUCGAUGAUCAUGCAUCCCAGCAUCUUCUUUCGUUGUUACAGAAUAAGACAAGUAUGAAAAGUGUAAAGUCAUCUACUAGUCUAGACAUCAAAUCUUCAGAAACAGUACAAAAUAUUGAAACAAGUGUUGAAUCUGCACCUCGUGACUCUAUGGAGGUGAAUGCAGAAAAUGCUUCUAGUUCAGGGAAGAGUCUAACUCUAGAAGCACUUUUUGGAAGUGCCUUCAUGAAGGAACUACAAUCAGUUGGAGCUCCAGCUUCCAUUCACAAGGGCUCAGCGGAGUCUGCAAGAGUUGAUGUUUUGGAAUCCAACGGCCUUCCUCUUCAUGUCGCAGAUGAUAGUGUCCUUCCGUCCACAAUUCACAUUGGGUCAAACAGGACAACUUUUGAAACAAAUAUAUUACCAUUUUCUCAGAGAGAACACAUUAAAUUUGAUGGCAUUGAGGAGCAUUUCUUAGGAUAUAAUGAUGUUCGGUCUGUUGUGGGAUCAUCACAUCUACGUGCUGAAUUAGGGCCUAGAGGUGGUGAUCUUAAUAGAUCUGCUGAAAUUCAGCUUCCUGAAGAGGACAUUUUGAUUGGCGUCAGUAAUCCUGGGCAACUCCAUAACUUCAUGGCUGGUAAUGUUAAAGCAGGGCAAUUCCAUUCCCAAGAGACACCACUUGAUGUUACUGAGAAACUAGCAGCUUUAAAGGGUGUAUUCUGGGAUGAAAGAGCUGUUGUAGGAAGGCAAGAAGGUCUGCCUUUUCCUGGUUGCUACGAUAUGAGGGAGCCAGAUAUUCUAUUUCUUAACCAAAAUGUGCAGCCAUCUUUCCCGCAGCUUCAUCCUCAAUUGAACCACGGAGGUCCUUUGAUUCAUUCAUUAGAUUCUCAUCCUUCUAACAUCAAUCCUCAGAUGAAAUUCAUGGCUCCAGAAGUCAUCCUUCAUCGUGAUGCUGCCCCAAAUCAUCAACUUCCUGCAAGCGGGCUUCGUCCUCCUUUCCAUCACCCUAGCAGUGGAGCAACUGGGUUCGAUCCUCCAAUGCAUCAUCCUAUGUUACAACAAAUGCCUAUUCCUGGAAACUUUCCACCACCCUACUUGCAACAAGGAUUUCCCAGGGGUGACCCACUGCCUCCUCACAUGGACAUUCAGGAAGAGAAUCCAAUGCAUGGGUUUCCAUUUGGACAUGGCCAAAGGCAGUCCCAACCCAACUUUGCUGGUCUAGGAAUGCCUUCAGGUCAUGAUGGUGGCAGCGGGAGCCAUCAUCCAGAGACAUUGCAAAGGCUGAUUGAGAUGCAGCUCAGAUCAAACUCAAAGCAGAUGAGCCCUUUCGGUGCGUCUGGCAAUAGCCAAGGGAUGUAUGAUCACGGUCACAGCCACAACCCGGAGCUGGACAUGGGUUUUGGGUAUAGGUAAUGGUUUUGUUGAUUCUCUUGCUCAAAUUUGCUGCCCUCUGAAUUGGAAUGAGUUCAA